AUGAACUACCAUUAUUCUCUUCCAGAGUUGGCCACAUUCAGGAUUCUCCUGUUGGGAAAAAGUGGAAAUGGGAAGAGCAGCCUGGCUAAUACCAUUUUUGGAGAGACAGCGUUUAAAGUGAAAAACUUCAAUGACCUGAACACGUUUGUUUCUGAUGCAAAAACUAAAUCUAUCAAUGGAAGAAGCAUCACUUUGAUUGACACUCCUGGUUUAUUUGACCAAGGCAGAUCUAAGGACGAGGUAAAGCCAGAGUUAAUGAGGUGUAUCACAGAAUGUGCUCCUGGGCCCCAUGUCUUUCUCAUUGUUCUCAAAGUGGAGCGAUACACAGAGCAGGAGCAGGUCGUCACCAGUGAAAUACUGCAGUAUUUCUCACAUGAUGCCCUGAAGUACGCUGUGGUGGUCUUCACUCAUGGCGACCAGCUUCCUGAGGGGCUGAAAAUAGGGCAGUAUGCCUGUCAAAGUGAAGGUAUGAGGGAUUUGGUGGAGAAGUGUGGCGGUCGCUGCCAUGUUUUUGAUUGUAAAUACUGGAAGAACACUGAGCAGGAGGACAAGUACAGGAGCAACCAGUUCCAGGUGGAAGAGCUACUCCAUACCAUUGACAAGAUGCUGGUGGAAAACACUGGAGGAUUCUACACCAAUGCAGUCCUCAAUGAGGUGGAGACACAAAUACAAGAGGAGGUCCAGAGUAUAAGACCGUCAUCUAAAAACUUAUCAGAGGAGGAAAUCAGAAAGCGAGCUAAAAGUAACAUCCUAAAGAAGCACAUGAAAGGUGCGCCACUGUGGAUUAAAGGUUCAGCUGUUGUGGUGGUCACAGGUUUACUUGCAGCUAUUUCGGCUUGGUUUAUCCAUUCUAGACCUGGGCAGACAUCAACAGUAAUCCCACUAUCUACCCAGGAAAGUGUUUCAGUAGUGACAGUAGAAGAAAUAGGUCAGAUUGUAUUACUGCCAGUCAGAGGGAUAUUUCAGGCUGCCAGGGAAGGACCAUGGGUCUUACUCGAGGCUCUUACUGCUUUGUAUGAAAGAGUGUGGGAUCCUUAUAAUUUAUUUGAAUGAGCACCAGAGUAAAAUUACACAGCAGA